UUGUUGUUUUAAUUUUGAGGGUUUGACAUGAAUAGAGCAUUGCCAGAGAUGUUACAAUGUUCGGACGUGACAGCGCUCGAGAGACAAAGGGCACGCUUGAAAUGGCAACAGGAACAGCUUCAGCAACAACAAGAACAACAACAAUUGCCAGAGAUGUUACAAUGUUCGGACGUGACAGCGCUCGGGGCACGCUUGAAAUGGCACCAGGAACAGCUUCAGCAACAACAAGAACAACAACAAAGUUAUUUCAGCGAGUUAAGCGGGGUGUUUUCGAGCCAAACCACCCAUGUUCAAGGCUUUCAGGGUGGUUUGAUGAGUUUUGACUCGGUGUUAGGUGACAUGGUGAUGGCUCCGCAAGUGAAGCCUGACCCUGGUUUGGAGACUGCCUGGCCUGAGUUUGGAAAGGUUGACAUGGCUGGCAUGGGGUUUGGGCCAUGUGGGUACGGCAAUGGAUCGAGUUUUGAUAUGAAUUACGCCAUUUCUAGGACUUCUAGGUGCCAGCCAGCUGUGGCGGCGGCUGUAGCCGCCGAGGCGGUGGAGGUCAAGGGGAAGGAGUCAGUUGUCUCUGAGAAGAUGGGUUCAGCCGUUGGAAGAGAAAGCUUCGAGAAAAGGAAAGCUGAUAAGUUGCAAAACUCAAAGGUUGUUGCUGAUGAUGACUCCAAAAGGAUCAAAGCCUGUGCAGAAGAGGGAGAGUCAAAAAUUACAGGGCCGAACACCAACAAAAGCAGCAGCAACAACAGUAACAAAAAGAAGGAAACUUCUACUGAUACUUCCAAGGAGAAUUCAAAGGUUUCUGAGGCUCAAAAGCCUGAUUACAUUCACGUCCGGGCACGUCGUGGUCAAGCCACUGAUACCCAUAGCUUAGCUGAGAGAGUUAGAAGGGAAAAAAUAAGUGAAAGAAUGAAAUAUCUGCAAGAUUUAGUUCCGGGGUGUAACAAAAUCGCAGGAAAAGCAGGAAUGCUUGAUGAAAUAAUCAAUUAUGUUCAAUCUCUUCAACGGCAAGUAGAGUUCCUAUCCAUGAAACUAGCUGCUGUAAAUCCAAGGCUUGAAUUCAACAUUGAAAAUCUUUUUGCCAAAGAGGUGUUUCCCUCUUGCACGAUUAAUUUUCCAGCAGUUGGGAUGUCAUCAGAGAUGGCAAACCCUCCCUAUAUUCAUUUCAAUCCAGUUCAACAAGUAGUUUCUUCUUGUGGUGUGGAAAUGGGAAUGGGGAUAAACUCUCCUGAUGCGGCACUUCGAAGAACCAUUAGUGCCCCUGUAUCAAUCCCCGAUGCAUCAUUUCUUGACUCAUCUUGCUUCACUCAAAUUCAACCCUCUCCAACAUGGAAUUUUGAAUUGCAAAACCUUUACAAUUUGGCAUUUGACCAGGGAAGAUCAACCCCCUUUCCAUCUCAACCAUUUACAGGUUCCAUUGAAGCUAGCGAUCCAAAGAUGGAGAUGUGAAUCAGAAUAUCAGUCAAAGAUUUAUUGACGAUUGAGUUCAUUCCAGAAGCCUAUGAUCCAGAUUAAUUUUUCUUUUUUUGGCUUUUUUUAAGUUCAUAUAUGGUAUAUAUAUUUGUAUGCAUACUCGAAAAUAUUAUGAAUAAGUUCAACACUAAUCAACUUCAAACUUUAUGUUGUUCAAAUUGUAUGUUACAAUCAAAGCAUAAUGAAUUCCAAUUACAUUUAAGGUACAAUGAAAGGUUGAUGGGGUGGAGGAGGGGACCCAAAAUUUGGAGGGUCAGCCUAGCCCAAGGACAGGUGGUAAAUGAGGUUGAUAUGGAUAAAUGCAAGGAAAGGUCAGUCUAUUGUUCAAUUGACGUCAACAGUCACACGGUUAUUUGCACUAUCACUGCCUCAUUUCUACCAUUGAAAGGGAAACUAUUUGAAUAACCACAUUAAACUAGACUUACAGUAUGCAAUAAACACCACAAAAUUUUGUAAUGUUGAGGGAAUGCAUAAACUAAUCCAGUGGCACAAGUUG